GGUGAAUGAGGGUUAAUACCCUUUUGGGAAAAAAAAUUUGUUGGUAGUAUAGUGUAGCUAGAUGGAGUUGUACAUUAUUGUAAGGGCAUAGUACCUUUCUGGUUUCUUCAGUACUCUCUACUCCAGACUUCCGUUAAUUAAACCACCUGUUCGUAGACUUCGUCGUGUUUAACUUCACGUCUCGUUCGUAGCUCUACUUCUGAGUUCCGACUCCUAUCAAUUCAAUUCAUAUACAGUAUACAAACCUCAUUUCUUCGCUUAACUGAGCAUCUCUUCCCAGGGUUCAAACCUUCAGUCCAGAAAUCGGCGCUGGGGUUCCUCGAUCAUGCGGCUUCACUCCCUUCAUCUUCUCCUCUCCUAUAAGCUGAUAGUUUCCUGGACUUGUGGACUUCUGGGAUGUUUGAUUAUUGCAGUGUUGAUGGGGAUAAGAAGAGAGAAUCAGAGUAUCCUUUGGGUAUAAGCAGCAAAGAUGGAUGGAAGAAGAAGCCUUUGAAGAAGAAGAAGAAGAAGAAGAAGAAGAAGUCUAAAGCUUCACAGUAUAGCCGGUGUUUGUGGCCAAGCCAAGGUGCAGUUAGGGAUUUCAGCAAGUUUAAUGGCCAUAGUGAAAUGGAUGAUUAUCCUGAAACUGAUUGGAGUGAAAGAGAAUUGGCUUUGGAAAAGAUACAUAUGCAUGCUUUCUCUAAGAGAAAUUCUUGUCUUUUAUAUGAUUCAAGUGUUAAUAAUAAUAAUAGUAAAAGGUUGGAUCCCUCUUUUGUCCAGAAAGCUGCAGCUAGACAGGUAUUGCUUCUUCAGUUUAAUGUUUAAGUUAGUAUUAUAUUAGGUCUAGCAUAUUGUAUGAGGUUGUUUUUUUGACAUAAUGUUUACCUCAUACUUAUGUUUUAGACUCAAACUUGUAAAUAUCUGAUAUAAGACGUUAUACUUCACACUUCAUGUGUCCAGAUAGGGCUAUCUGAUCAAACAUUGAUAAUUUGAUAUCAUAUUAAAUUGGGUCUAAAAUAUUCUCUAGAAAUUAAGUUUAUCUCACACUAAUGUAUCUGGUUUUAAUUUGGUUUCAUUUGUAGCUAAAGACUUUGUUUUUAAUUUUCUGUUGAGAAGAUUGGUAGGUAGCUAAUAAGAAGCUCUCACUCUCUGAUUUACAGCAAUGUAAUUAUUACCCUCAUUUUUUUCUAGCACUUGCCAUAACAAUUCUCUGUACUUUGACAUUUGAUAAUCAUGCCCUUUUCAUGAUCAUUAGAAGCAUUUGCUAAUAAAAACACUAUUUUAUCAAAAGCAUGUUUUUCCUCAUUUCUCAUCCCUUUUGCAAGUGGAUGUCAUAAAAUAGCUUCAACCUUUAGUGAGAUCUCAAAUAUAAUAAAUCUACUUGAGCUUUAUCUGCUAAGGUCCUUGUACGUGUGAUCUGCAAACCUGGGUCAUGAUUGUUGGGAGCUAUAGUGAGUGUUGACACUACAGAGACCUUGGCUAUUAUGCUCUAUUUUUUGUUUUGAAAACCGACAUCUUAUGCCUUUUCAUUACAUGCUUUUAUGUACUCUUUACUAGAAUAAUUGACAAUGGUCCAUUAUAUAUAUAAUUGUACUUUGACCUUUUUUUUGCCCAAAAGAAUCACUUUUAACAGUAGGCAAAGUGUCUGGUGCAUUUUCCAGAAUUUUAUUUAAAAGAUGGGAUAUACAAAAAACUAAAUGGGGAGGGCUGUAGCCUGCCCCCUUAAAAACGAUGCUACAAAGGAUUAGGAGCGGAACGACAAGCCGACCUGUUAAACAUAGUAGCCCAAAAUUGAGAAAUAUAAACUUUGUUGCCGACAGAAUACCUCCAAAGUCAAAUGAAGCCUAAAAUAUUCCACAAGUUUUGUUAGAGAGAGGUGUGCGUUCUUGUAAAUGUCCAAGACCAUUUAUGUUGAGAGAAUAUGUGGGUAUUAUGAGUAAACUAUUUGUAUACAUAGUUUGUUAGAAAUUAAUAAAGAAACUUCACGAAUAAAAUAUUUGUAGCAUAGAUUGUAUGUGGGGAAAUAAAACAACCAAGAUCAUUAUAAUAACCAUAAUAAUAAUAGAAUAAGAUUCAUUGAAGUUCAUUUACUUUUGAACAAAAAGAAGACAAAUAUCAAAAGUAUUUGAGACCACAUUUCAUAAUUUUUAUUCUUUGAAGUUCAUUUUCAUCUUAAUUGGGGUAAUGCCAAUUUUUUAAAACUUGUAGGUUAUCGUAUCUUGUUUAAAAACAAGAAUGCUUACAACAACAUUUAAGUCUUAGUUCCAAAAGAGUUUGAAGUCUAGCGAACAUGAAUAUAUGAAAUCAGUGUUAAAAAGAAUAAAUAUAGAUCAACCCUUCAUACAGUUUAAAAAAACGCUUAAUAGAUCAAGAAUUUUAACAAAGUUUAAGUAGUUAUUAUAUACAAAGGCAAUGUCAUCAGUUUAAAAAUGAAAUAUGCUGCACGAAUAUCUUGUGUGAAUCUUUUUGGAAGAACCGUCACGGGAUUUUGUGUAUAGAUUACAUAAAGUAUCAUAACUUUAUCUGCCUAAAAAAGGAGUGAGGUGCUUAAAUAGAGAUCGAACUUAUAUAUGACAUAGAAAUUGAACAAUGAAGAAAAUGAUAGACAUUGCAGGUAAAUAUAUGGGCUUAAAAAUAAAUGGUUUUUUUUACCUGUUCAUAUCAGAUAUUCAUUUCAUUCAUUCAUGCCAAUAUUCAUAGAGAUUACGAAACCUAGAUACUCCCUCUGUCCCCUUUUAAAUGUCCCGUUUUACCAUAUUGGGAUGUCCC